CUGAACGGGAAGCCUUGUUUUGCAGGGGCGGUGGAGCCCGGCCUGGGUACCGGAUCUGAAGGCAAAGCGAUAUAAGAGGGAGAAAAUAGGCGGUGUAAGAGCCGCAGCUCGAGCUACCCUCGGCUGCCAUUUCAUACCGGGACCCCUCCUAAUUCCUCAUCUACGUGGAGGGGCAUGAGUGACACUGAUGCCUGCCACAGAGAUGGAUGACUUCCGACGGUCCUACGUUAGGCUGUGCAAGGAGAGCGGUGCUGAACCCCAGGAAAGUAUCCUGCAGCACUUGGAGGAAGCCUCGGGGAAAAGCCGCUUGGAUUUAGCUACACACACCCUUUCUGUGGAAACCUGCGGGGUCCUGGGCAAGCUCUUGCAAGAUGAACUCCAGUUCACCGAGAUCACGCUGAGCAAUUGUAUGCUGAGUGAAGAAGGGGCUAAGCUACUACUUCAUGGACUUUGUUCCAACACUGUUGUGAAAUCCUUGGAUCUGAAGGGAAACAACCUACGAUCUGUGGGGGCAGAGGCUCUGGGGAAACUGCUCAGGCAGAACAAGACAAUCCGGAGUCUCACUUUGGAAUGGAACAACUUGGGUGUGUGGGAAGAAAGCUUUGCCAUUUUCUGCGAGGGCCUUGGCGCCAAUGGUCACAUCCAGUACCUGGAUCUGCGCAAUAACCAGAUCAACCACCAGGGGGCAGGAGAGCUGUCCAUGGCUCUGAAAGCCAAUUCCAGUCUUCGGGAACUUGAUCUGCGCUGGAAUAACAUUGGGCUCCUGGGGGGCCGUGCACUCCUGAAUUGCCUGCAUAGCAACCGGGCACUACGACAACUGGAAUUGGCUGGGAACAAUGUGCCCAGUGACAUCCUGAAGGCUGUGGAUCAAGCCAUGGAACACAACCAAGAACGUCAAAACAUCCUCUGCAAGAGUCGGAGCAUGACCCAAGUGCUCAGCAAAGAGGUGAUAAGCUUGAAGGAGAAGAACUCUAGACAGUACCUGGAUAUGAUGGACACCAUUGACAAGCAGCGAGAGGUGAUGAACCACAGCAGUAGGGUAUCAGCUACACGAAUUGGGCAGUUGCAAGAGGCCCUGACGGAGCGACAUUCCGUGUUGAACUCGCUACAAGCAAAGCUCCAAAUGACGGAGGCCGCUUUGGCUUUGUCCGAGCAGAAGGUGUGCAACCUGGGUGAGCUGCUGAGUACGGCAAAGCAGGAGCAGGCGAGGCUGGUUGAGAGCCAGGCCAAAGAGUUGCAGCAACACAAAAUGGCAUCUGCUAAUCGAGAGGCAACACUUCAGCGAGAACUUUCAGCAGCCCAUGAGAAAAACCUCCUGCUCAAGAAUCAGGUGAGCGACCUGGAAAGAAGGUGCAAAGCACAGCAGGAGCAGCUCUUCCAGGUGAAGGAGGACCUGACCCACACAACUGCAGAAAUGAAGCUGCGGGCUGUACAGGCUGAAGAGCGUUUGGACAUGGAGAAGAAGAGGUUCAAGCAGGUCCUGGAAGAUGCAGAGUCCCUUCGGCUGAAGGAGGUAGAUCACCUGAGCCAUCACAUGGAGGCAAGUGAGCGGUCCCUGCAGGAGCGCAUCCAGAGACUGGAAGCCAUCCGCAUAGGGCUUGAGGAGGAAUUGAGCCGAGUGAAAGCCGCUGCCCUUGUAGAGCGAGGCCAGAUUGAGGAAGAGCUCAUCAAAGCCAAGAACCAAGCCAGGUUGGAAGAGCAACAGCGACAGGAGCACCUGGAGGAGAAGCUGCGGCUGAUGAUGCAGUCCCGCGACGAGGCUCAGAAUUACUGCCUGCAGCAGAAGCAAGCAGUGGCUGAGGCCCAGUCUAGGGAGGGCCACCUGAGCCUACAAGUGGAAGGGCUCAAGAGGCGGGUGGAAGAACUUCAGCAGGAGUUGAGCAGCAAGGAACAGGAGAAGGUAACUGAGAUCAACAAAGUGCGAGUAGGGCUGCAGGAGCAGAUAGGACACCUUGAGGCCGAGAGGACGGCACAGGAAGGGCUGCGGGAGAAGAUUGCAGCCCUGGAGCGACAGCUGAAAGUUCUGUCCAGCAACCACCGGGAGGCGCUACUGGACAAAGAGGGCGAAGUCUCAAGCCUACUGGAGAAGCUGCGGGUUCGUGAGGCAGAGAUCUCCAGGAUGAGGGAGGAGGAAGCCCAGCGAGUCAGCUUUCUUCAGAACGCCAUCAUGUCUUACGUGCAGGGCUCCCCGCGAAGCACUCAGAGCCCCAAGAAGUGAGCAUGCAGAUCCUGGCUUCAAGGAAGGGAGUCUCAGAAUUAUUACUGUGGACAGGUUGUGGAGUAUCAUGGAGUCCAUCUUCCUUAUGUUGCUGGGAGAUCCUGCAAGAGAGACUGCAUUGCGUCAGCUUACCUGAGGCUGGGCCUGAGGUAUCAUUGGCGUGUUUGCCGUUGCCUUAGGAACUAUUUUAAUGGUUCACACCAAAGCCAAGUCUUGUUUUUAAACCUGCAAACUGUGAGGAAGUCUCGCAAGGCAAAGCCAUCCAUUCCAGUUUGUGAGACCACAGAAAGGUCUGGUCGCACGGGCAGGAAAUACAAUGUCUUCCUACAUUACAGGCAUUAGCCUUAGCCUUUGGUCUGAUGCACGUUACCUCAGCAAAAGCCCCCUCCCAGCAGCAAUGUGGUCAACUGUCCUACUGUAUCAGGAACAAGUGAAAGCACCCAUUUCUCAGAUACCCCAGAUCAUGUAGGCAUUUCCCACACCAGACUUUCACCUGCACAGGGUCUACUGAUGCAGACAUGGGGGAAAUUCUAUUCCAUGCAGAAGGUUGGGACAGGAAUUGCUUUGUUUAGCCUGGUCUACAUCCAUCAGCUCCUUCCACAGAGCAUAUAAUUUGCCUUCCAUGCUUGGGAGGAGCCCUCUUGUUGCAGCUUUCGAAAGUAAUCAUUACAGUGAGCGAACCUCUAGCUGCCAGUGCAUUAUUUCCUAGGCUUGAAAGUGGUACAGGCUUGAGUGGCCUAAUGGGGCAAGAAUGGGGCGAAUUUGCUGUGUUCCUUUCAUGGGAGUGGCAAGCUUGGUGUUCAUUUAUAAUUCCAGCUUUAAAAGCAGGAUAAAAAUGAAAUGUUUCUACUUUUGCUCCAGUUCAAGGGCCGGUUUGUGCACAGACCAGUGUUCAUUCUAUGUGUCUUUUCACAUAUAACUGUGACGCUGUUGUUUAUGUAUAAUUUGACAACGGCCUAGUGCACAAGACAUGCUAAGCCAAACCUUAGCUUAGCGAGACCAUGCGGUCUCCCCGGGGAAAAGCUUUCAGCUGCUUUACUUCUCCCUUGUCCUUUAUGUUGCCAAACUGCACUGAGCUCAGCUAAUGUUUGGUUUAGCAUGCCGUCUGAACUGUGGUUAGUGAUGAGGCUACUUAACCACAAGCCCCGGUUCAGAUGACACAUCUUGGCUUAGCUCAGCACAGCAGCUAAAAGCACCAGGGAGGAAUACAGCAACUGUGAGCUCCUCUCCAAGAGCUACACACUCUUGCCAUCUCUCACUAUGCAAAGGUUUGGCUUCCUGUGUCAUGCAAACAAGACCCAUGUAUGCCUACCCACCCUUCAAACAUGCUACAAAAAUGAGGUAGCUCAUUUAUAUACUAUUAUGAACCACCCUGUGAUCUUCAGGUGAAGGAUGGUAUACAAAUUUUAAUAAUAAUAAUAAUAAUAAUAAUAAUAAUAAUAAUAAUAAUAAUAAUUGUGCUCCAGUGGGUUUUGAGGAGGAGGCAAAAUCCCCCUCCUAUAGUCUGGAGCCUCCUAUAGCCCCCUCCUAUAGUACCAAACUUCACAGUAGGGUGGGUGGGUGUGUUUGCAGCUUCCAAUAAUACAAAUUAUGUGCAGAAAUAAUUUUGUUUCUUUUCAGAUUGUUGCCACCAUUUGUAUGGGGAAGCAAUGCCACUCUUACACUUUCCAUUUCCCCGAAAUUGGCAGAAAUCCAAAACUGCUUUCUAAAGGAAAUAUUUUAUCUCUUCUCUUCCAAGCCCCUGUUAAAAUAUGAAACGCAUUGUAUGAAGAUAGCCUGAACUUAAAGCUUGUUAAGACAGGGUCUUCUAAGAGGUCAAGACAGGCCUGCUUAGUUUUUCUUGGCUUAUUAGCCAACGGCAGGUGGCUUCCUUGUGGCAGAUGUACUCUAUGAGGAUAUAAUUGUAAAGUUUUGUACAUCUUCAGUAGCUUUUCAAGUUUCUUAUCGUUUUAGGGAUGAUCUAUUGGUGGUGGGUUUAAUAGUGCUUGAGAACUGCAUGUGCUUGAGGUGGGAUUUCAAUCAUCUGCCCCUUUUUCUGCCUUCACUAACACGGUGUCCUCCUGCUUAUACCAAAACAACAUGGCUGGCGACAGAAAGGACACAGCUCAGCUAGAGAAGAGUGUUUGCAAAGGCAGCGGGGUGAGAAAAAGGACAAAGCUACCCUAGUUUAUUCUUGCUCUUUCAAAGCUUUGUUUAUGUGGUUUGGGAGGAAACCUGAGUGCUGUUUGCUCAUGUCUGUCUGGAGUAAUCAGUGCCCUGCAACCCUCUGCCCAAUGGCAAGGACAUCCCUUCCCCCAUGCACACAUCAACAGUGCCCCAGGCGUCAGGUUUUAUGAGGCAGACUCUUAAAAAAAAUAAAAUCCUUGCAUGGGUGUUU